GCAGCCAUAGAACACAACAUCCAAACAAUUCCACAGCUGUCUCUACUGUAGCCCUACGGAGAAUCCCCACCUUUUAUACAAUUCUAGACGUAUAGACCUAUAGCAACAUGGCUUCUCACCUAGCCUUUACUGCGGACACCACCGGGGAGCUGAACUUUCCCUUCGGAAUCGCAGACCUUCGUUCGUACGCACUACACCAGCCACCUCCGGCCACUCUGGGCUCAGGGUCCAAAUGGGGCCCAACCCAUUUGUCUGCCUUUCAUGUUGUUACGAAAACAAACCUUCCUGUUGAAGCCGUCGUCCCUGGCCAUUUGUUGCCUUCCCGGGACGUGGUUCGAGCUGCCAUUCCAUCCCUUUUCUCUGUCGAUGGCGAUGUCGUACGUGACGUAGACUUCACUCUCAAGAACGCCCCGGAGGAAAUCAGGUCGACGAUACGGUCCGAGUCCUAUACGUUUUACCGGAACCUGCAGGCGGUCAUCGCUCAUACCUCAGACGAGUCGGUGAGAAGUGCGUCCACCACAGGCCCAGACUUGUCCAGCACAACAGACGAAGACAAACCAGAGAACGUCGGGGAGGCACUACUGAAAACCUUUGUCGGGCUGGUGAUAGACAGUAUGGGGCCGACUAUUUCGCGUAACGGCAAAACAUACGAGAUUGAGCUUCGCCCCGAGCCGUUAGAGAGGACUAUAAGGCUUUGUGGGGGCAUACCAGCCAUUGUGAGGAGCGACGGAUGGUUGGCUUUGGUAAAGUCUGCCACUUCAAAAGGCAGUCGUCGCGGCAGGCUCGUCGGAGGUGUUACAUUAUGUGGAAUUGAGGCCAAGCGGUACGGACACGAACACUUUAUCGACGGGAUUUACGGACAGCUUUUCGCGGAGUGUCUGGCUUUAGCUUACAACAACCGGACCAAAGGGCCCGGUGACCAAGAGACUUUUUUGAUCGGAAUUCAUCAUCGGAAAGUCUUCAUCGUUCACGUGUUUCUUCCUGCAUCCUAUUUGGAUGCUAUCCAGCUAACGGUCGACUUGCCCGAUAACGUGUAUGUCGUUUUGAAAAGGAGUCGCGUGUUCGACCUCCUGUGGAGCGAAGACAGGAUGGAAAUGGCGCGUGCGGUGUUAGCCAUGGAGGCGCAUCUGGGCACCACGGCGAAUCUGGUUGGCCGCAUGCGGUCGGAUCCUCUUUAGGCUUAGGAUUAGGAGUCAUGCUGUUGUCAUCUGAGGGAUUGACUAGAAGUGGGUAACUCGUGCUAAAUGUGAGUAACUCGGGUUAGGGUUAGACUAGUUAGACAGCUGCCGAGCGGAGCGGGUAGACCCUGAUUGUAGGAGGCCGGGUAAGGCCGACUCACCGAAGGCAAAGGGGUUAGGUUUGUUGAUCAAAUGGUUCACUUUGGCUGUAAAAAAGUCUUAUUCUGGAGGUGAGCUACCCACAUUUAGCACGAGUUACCCAUUUCUAGUCACCCCCA